AUGUGUUCUUCAAUUCGAGUUGCAAUUUGUGGUGCUGGUCCAUCUUGUUUAAGCCAAUUACAUGCAUUUGAAUCUACCAGACAAAAAGAUGAUAAUCUUCGUUUAAAAUCAUCAAAUUCUAUUUAUUUACCAAAUUUAUAUAAAACAAUAUUUUGGUUAGAUCAACCACGUUUAAUUGAUAUUGGAAUGCAAGAGAUUUUAUUCUUGGAAAUUAUUAAAUUAUCUGCAUCAAAACAAGAAAUGGAAUUGUAUAUUAAACAAUGA